AUCUGCUGAACCCCAUAUUCCCUCAAAUAAUUAUUUUGUGAUCGCGACUUGAGUCAGUAUUCAGGGAGCUUAUGGUUGAUAGCUUCUCAUCUGGUGGUUGGGAAAGCAGUUUUGUUUUCUUCAUCGUGAAAUGAUCACGGAAGAUGCCCAUCGUGGAAGGAAUUCUCAUCGUCACAACCAAGCUCCGUUGUUGACCAGUCGAGCUGGUCGAAUUUUGUUGACAUGGUUGUGCACAAUUGUAACCACCUUGGGCGCCUAUCAUGUCCCCAAUCACCUUCGAAUGUCAGAGAAGGGCAAGGACUUUGCCUUCUUUGUAUGGACAGCAAGCCUUCUUGGCUGCAUAUUGAUGGUACUUGCUAACUGGAUAUCGCCUCGCAACAGGGUAACCCGGGGUGAAUUGGUCUCUCUAAGUCUGUCAUCUCUCCAUCUUGAGGUGGUAGUUAGUGCGGUUCUUAGAGCUAUUCAAGCCUGGUCCGUGGUGUUCUUCUUGACCUCUGACAAAUUCACAGCGUCUGGUUUCCCCGUGGCAAAUGCGGUUGCAUUUGGUCUAGUUCCUGUCAUGAUCAGCUGGUUUGGCUCUCUAGCGCGCUCAUCGCACUAUGUCCACAGCACUCUUUAUAACCAGAUUACAGCCGUUCUGUUGACGUGCAGUCUGCUGUAUGCGGCGUCUGGUCAAGUUCGAACUGGUUUCUACAUCAGUGACAUGGGUAUUGCGUGCCUCGCAGCCGGAGUGGCCGCGUCAUCUAAGGUGUCCACGUCUUUGGCUGUGGAGAAUCAGAGCUCAGUGACCCGAGUAGUCUUCUUGCGCUUGGUGGCAAUUGUAGUCACGUUUCCCAUUUUCAUGCUGGUCUUGGGCCGUUCCACUGGAGUGCUCUUUUGGCUGAAGCACAUGUGGAAAUCUGCUGGCUACUUGGGAACUCUGGCGAUAGCAUUGCCUUUGUCAGACUACUUCCAGGUGCAACUGCAAUUGAUCACGUUCACACCAGUUGCAUCUGCCGUGACAGACGCCAUUGCCUGGAUUAUUUCGUUCGUCCUGUUGACGUUCCGCGAUCGCAUCGAGCUGCUCAACUCUGCAUUGAUUGGCGCCAUCCUUGUUGUGCCGACCACGGUAUUUCACUGGUACGCUGUCCUAAGUGAUGCUCCACCAUCAGACUCUGCAGCCGUCAGCUAGCUUGCUCAGAAAAGAGACUGCACACUGGAUGAUGAUGAUUUACUUGCAGAGUAUUGACAUCACUGUUGUUGCUCCCAUGCACCACCACUUGUGAAGACUGCGCACUGCCGACACAAGCCCUACAGACAAAUGCUCGCAUAUCAACGACUCCUGGAAACAGACAUGCACUCGCCAUAGUGCAUUGACAGCUGCCAUGUCAUCAAGUUGGCACGUUUCUUUCGCCAACAUCCAGGCAGCGGAGUGCCCAUGGAUGGCAAGCAACUGGUCAUAUUUUACAACUUCUAUUCUCGCCUGAUGACAAUAGUACUCCAAGAUUGGUCACACACAAACAAAACAGUCAAGCACAUCGAGGCUAACGUCCAAUAUAUAAUUAUUUCAUUAUUCCUUUUUAGACAAGAACAAAAUUCAGAGCAAAUACUGCAGCUAACAAAUUUGCUUUUCCUUCUUCCAUAUCAGAUUGAAGUGCGCUAUUUAUGCCUGCUUCAUUGGUACAAAUGAGGACCUAUGUUGGUCCUUACCAUAUCAUCUACUCACUGUCUGUGUUUCAUCCGUAUUAUUUAGCCACUAAUUACAGUAUUUCACCAUGAA